AUGGCUGGUUUCGAAGUAAAUUACGCAGAAAAAUGGCUGAAGUUGUCUGAUGAUGACUAUUCAUCACAAGGGUUCAAAAUGAUCGUUCUUCUUGGGGAAUUCUAUUGUCCUGAAGAGAGCGAAUGUGGCCUCGAUUUUUUGGAUUUCUGUCGAGACUAUUACACUCGUUUGUGGAUAACUUACAGGACAGGAAUGCCGCCUUUACCUGGAUCUCAAUUAACGAGUGACUGUGGCUGGGGCUGCAUGAUUCGAACAACACAAAUGGCCAUUGCUCAAGCGAUAGUUGUGAACAGACUGGGACGAGGAUGGCGUUAUUUUGGGCGAAAACAGACGUCACGACGAAAAGAGUUGGCUUCUCAAGCGGGAUCGGACCAUUUCUACGAGGCCCAAUUAGAAAUACUGAAGUUGUUUGAGGACUGCCCGUCUGCGCCUCUCGGAAUUCAUAAACUAAUCGAAAUGUCGAAUGCUGAUGGAUCCGCUGAGAGUUCUGCCGGACGGUGGUUCGCACCUUCUGAAGUUAUUUCGCUUAUAAAAAAAGCUUUGAAACGUUCUGCAUCUCCUUUGACUAGCGACCUUGCUCUACUUCUGGCCGUUGAUGGGGUGGUCGUAGUUGCUGAAGCCGAACGCGAAUGCCGUCAUUGGUCAAAGCGUCUCUUAUUAUUCGUUCCCCUUCGCCUUGGCACUAAUAAUGUAAAUCCAGUGUACAUAGAUCAUAUUCGUCAGAUUUUGUCGCAAAAGACUUGUCUUGGAAUAUUGGGUGGCAAGCCAGAUCACUCACUCUAUUUC